AGCAAGCGAGCUGGGCGGCGCCCUUGCUCUGUGCCCUCAACCCGCAUGGCGGAGCCACGGGCGCGCCUCGAGGAGGCCGGACGAGUCGGGCGGUUACGGCGCCCGCACUGAGCCGCGGGGGAGGGGCAGGAGACACCCGUGCAGCCGGUGCUUCUGCCCUCAGUGAGGCGGGGCGCGCAGCGGACGCCCCCGGGCAGGGGCGGGAGUGGUGGAGGCGCCGGCGGUUGGCCCUGAAAGGGGCGGUUAGAGAGCUGCUCCGGUCUCAAGGCGAGGCUUGGCCUCCCGCGCAGAGACGGGGGGAAGCGGCGGAGGCGGCGGCCCUCGGGCCGGCUGGUGAGGUGAUGGCGGCGCCGGGCCCGGGGGCUGGGGCAGCCUCGGGCGGCGCAGGCUGUAGCGGUGGCGGCGCGGGCGCUGGCUCCGGGUCCGCGGGGAUCGGGGGCCGGCUGCCCAGUCGGGUGCUGGAGUUGGUGUUUUCCUACCUGGAGCUGUCGGAGCUGCGGAGCUGCGCCCUGGUGUGCAAGCACUGGUACCGCUGCCUACACGGCGAUGAGAACAGCGAGGUGUGGCGGAGCCUGUGCGCCCGCAGCUUGGCCGAAGAGGCUCUGCGCACGGACAUCCUCUGCAACCUGCCCAGCUACAAGGCCAAGGUACGUGCUUUCCAGCAUGCCUUCAGCACUAAUGACUGCUCCAGGAAUGUCUAUAUUAAGAAGAAUGGCUUUACUUUGCAUCGAAACCCUAUCGCUCAAAGCACUGAUGGUGCAAGGACCAAGAUUGGUUUCAGUGAGGGCCGCCAUGCAUGGGAAGUGUGGUGGGAGGGCCCUCUGGGCACUGUGGCAGUGAUUGGAAUUGCCACAAAACGGGCCCCCAUGCAGUGCCAAGGUUAUGUGGCAUUACUGGGCAGUGAUGACCAGAGCUGGGGCUGGAAUCUGGUGGACAAUAACCUACUACAUAAUGGGGAAGUCAAUGGCAGUUUUCCACAAUGCAACAAUGCACCAAAAUACCAGAUAGGAGAAAGAAUUCGAGUCAUCUUGGACAUGGAAGAUAAGACUUUAGCUUUUGAACGUGGAUAUGAAUUCCUGGGGGUUGCCUUUAGAGGACUUCCAAAGGCCUGCUUAUAUCCAGCAGUUUCUGCUGUAUAUGGCAACACAGAAGUGACUUUGGUUUACCUUGGAAAACCCUUGGAUGGAUGACAGUGGCUUUCUUUGGAUGAAAGACAGACUGGAGAAGAGAUCUACUUGUGGAAAGUAGAAUCAUGAAGUGACAGUGUCAUAUGUGCAUGUCCAAGAAACAUCCUGAAAAACACAUGAAGUUGUAAACUGGAGAAGCAACUCUAUAGCGAUUAUCUUAGUGUUUCCUCUUUCCACUGGGCCAGAAAAAUCCUCAGGGUUGCAGUUGGUUGAGUGGGCAGUUGACAUAUGCAUGUUGCAACAGAUUUUGUCUCUAUGUUAGCAAUGUGUUAUUUCCAACUUUAAAGGUGAAAUUUUAGGGACACCAUAAAAAGGAUAAGGAUUUUUAAGUAAUAUGUUUGUGAAGGAUUAAUCCCAUCUUACAACUGCCUGUUCUUUCUCCAGUCCCUUUUUUUCCAGCCAGCUUGACUAUUAGAAAAGUAUGAAACUGGUUGGGUUUUAUUUAAUAUUUUUAAUAUAUUGAGAAGCAUGGUCUGCCUGGACUGCACUUCUCUAACAAUGAGAAAUAAAAUUGUGCAGCUAUUUUAAGAGUUGUAUAUACAAUAUGUGUGUAAAAAAGAACUGUAAAAAAAAAAAAAAAAAGGACAAAGGGGUUGCUUUGUUCUAUUUCAUUUUCUUAAAAAACCACUACA